CGCGGGUCAUGUGACUUCAGUGUUUGGAGGGGUCAAUGUUUUGGGCACGCGGAUGGCACCGGGAGUGACACGUGCCCUCCAACACUUGGCACGGUCGGCUGUGACCCUUCCGCUCUCCCGGAUGGACGCUCUGCUUACCGGCGUUGUGGGUAUGAUGAAGCGCGCUGUGCAGAGCUCUGCUAGUCCGGCCUCCAGCCUUCGCUCUCUGCGUUUCGAUAACCGGGCGCUGCGCUGUUUGCCGGUGGAGCCCGGGGACGGGCAGGACGAUGACGCCGUGCGCUCCCGCGAGGUACCCGGGGCCUGCUUCUCACCGGUCCGACCCACCCCGCUAGAGAACCCCCAGGUGGUGGCGCUGUCCCAGCCGGCGCUGGCUCUGCUCGGCGUGCAGCUCGGAGACGAAGACCAGGACGAGGCAGCUCUGUAUUUCAGCGGUAACCGACUAUUACCCGGCUCACAGCCCGCCGCCCACUGCUACUGCGGACAUCAGUUCGGGAGCUUCGCCGGGCAGCUGGGUGAUGGCGCCGCCAUGUACCUGGGAGAAGUACUGAACCCGGCCGGGGAGAGGUGGGAGAUUCAACUGAAAGGAGCCGGCCUCACCCCUUACUCCAGACAAGCAGAUGGCAGAAAAGUGUUGCGAUCCACCAUAAGAGAGUUCCUGUGCAGUGAAGCCAUGUUUCACCUUGGAAUACCAACGACAAGAGCUGUGUCAUGUGUCACCUCCGAUUCCACUGUGAUCAGAGACAUAUAUUACGAUGGCAACCCCAAGAAAGAAAAGUGCACAGUAGUUUUACGCGUCGCUCCCACUUUUCUAAGGUUUGGAUCAUUUGAAAUUUUUAAGCCAGUUGAUGAAUUUACAGGUCGACAAGGUCCCAGUGUCAACAGAAAUGACAUCCGAAUUCAGAUGUUGGAUUAUGUUAUUGGCACAUUCUACCCAGACAUACAGGAGAAGUAUGCAGGAAACAACAUGGAGAGAAACGCUGUGUUUUUCAGAGAGAUAACAAGGAGGACAGCACGAAUGGUUGCUGAAUGGCAAUGUGUUGGAUUUUGCCAUGGUGUGUUGAAUACUGAUAACAUGAACAUUGUUGGGCUUACUAUUGAUUAUGGACCUUUUGGCUUUUUGGACAGGUAUGACCCAGAUCAUAUUUGUAACGGCUCUGAUAAUAUGGGACGUUAUGCCUACAACAAGCAGCCAGCGAUCUGUAAGUGGAAUUUAGGAAAGUUUGCCGAGGCUCUGGUCCCUGAACUGUCCUUGGACAUAAGUAAAAAUAUACUUGAAGAAGAAUAUGAUGCAGAGUUUCAAAAACACUAUUUGCAGAAAAUGAGGAAGAAGCUGGGUCUUCUUAAGCUUGAACUGGAGGAGGACAGCAAAUUAAUCUCUGAUCUAAUGGACACCAUGUAUCUGACAGGCUCAGAUUUUACCAACACUUUCCGAGUUCUCAGUAAAUUCUCAGGACACGCCUCUGAUAUUGAUGACUUCUUGAGCACAAUCACUCAACAGUGUGCUACCUUGGAGGAAUUAAAGGUUUUUUACAAACCUAAAAUGGAUCCAAGACAACUUUCAGUGUUGCUGAUGCUGGCACAAAGCAACCCUCAAUUAUUUGCAUUGAUUGGGUCAAAAGCAAACAUAAACAAAGAGCUGGAAAAUAUUGAAAAGUUUGAAAAACUUCAGAAAUCCAGCGGUGAGGAUCUACUGAACAAUAACCGGGAGCACUGGAAAGAGUGGCUUCAGAAAUAUAGCGUUCGCUUGGAGAAAGAACAAGAACAUUCUGAAGCUAGUGAGACUUUAGAUGCAGAGCGGGUGAAAAACAUGAAUUCUAAUAACCCAGCACACAUCCUGAGAAAUUAUAUAGCUCAGAAUGCCAUAGAGGCAGCUGAGAAUGGAGACUUCACAGAGGUGAAGCGUGUCCUGAAGAUUUUGGAAAAUCCUUAUGAAGUCGAGAAGGAGGAAGAGAUUCCCGAACAUGCUGAAGAAGAACGUCUGGAAGCUUGUGCUUUGGCCAUUUCUAGACCCACAAACCUCUCCAAACUUCCAUAUAGCAGCAAACCUCCACUUUGGGCUACAGAACUAUGUGUCACCUGAUCUUCAUAAUAGCCUUGUUGUUGAUCCUUUUCUGUAGUGUUUUUAUGCAGGAAAAGAAUCGUACCAAGGCUCAGUAUAACAAGUACAUACAGGUUUUUUAAAUCUACAUUUGGAUUCUUGGAAACAUUAUAACCACUUAACAGGGAUAAAGAUUGUUACAAAAAUAUUUAUUUGC